UUGAUUUGUCGAUUCUUGUUUCGAUGUAUUAUUUUAAUAAUUUUUUACUCGUUAUUAUAGAAUGAAAAUAUAAGAGCGAUCGAAUGAAAUUGUAAAGAUUUCAUAAAACAGUUUUAUCUUAAACUUAAAAUGGGUGUUUGAAAGUGUUCGAGGCACCGGUUGCGAAAAUGUCUGUCCCUGACGAUCAGGACGAUUUCAUAUUUCGUCCACAACAGCAUUUGGAUGCAAAAUGGUUAAAUCCUGAUUUACAGGAAGCACUACAUAAUCCUGAUGGUUUGUGCAGUUUGUUUAACAGCCUCGUGCAAGACAGGGAAAUAUAUUUCGACGCCGGAAAUGGGCUCGUGAAUGGUGCUGGUAUAACUGCUAAACUUGGUGAUAGUGGAAAAUAUUACUGCGGUCUGAGGAUAUUGACGUGCACCUGUUGUGAUGGUCUUUGCGGACCACAUUCGGGUUGUGCCUGCCCACCAUGCAGCAUACUAUCAGCAGAGGAGGAACUCAGAAUCUCUUUACAAUCCAAGCAAGUGGCACCACCACCAUCACAUCAGAUUAUUGAUGAUCUCAAGUGGAAACAAGACCCAGGUCCAGAAUGUCUUCAAAGCUUGAUGGAAGCUCUAGUGUGGGAGCAGCGAGUGAGAGCUAUUAACACAGCCGUUACUUGUCCAUUCAUAUCUCAAAUCCGUCGACUCAUUGUGUUGUGCAACAGACAUCUUGUAGCUGUUAUUAGAGAUCAAAGUCAGAACAAAGAAGUUAAAAGAGUAAGACUAGACAAGAAGCCUCCCCAUGCAGUCAGUAACAGGGCUUUGAGCAAUGUUGUUGGUGCUCUGAACAAAACCGGGGAGGGCAGCGCUGAAGCUCAAGAAGAGAGUGAGGAAAUUACUGAUGACUCAGAAAGUGCAAUCGGCCUCGCUCGCGUUGGAGCUCGCGCCGCUCUCCGCUUAGCUUUAUCCCUAGUCCGUCGCGCGUGGCGAUGCGGGGAAGAUGCCGACGUAUGUUCCGCAUUACUCCGAGACGCUCUUGAUGCGGUACGCGCGUUACCUGAUGCGGGAUUAUUCGCUGGCACUGGAGCCACUCAGGCGCCGCGCUCCCAGAAGAUAUGGGCCGAAGUCGUUGAUAGUGCUGCUAAGUUUCUGCAUCAGGUUGUGAUUGGGGAAGUAGGCUGUAAUGUCCCGCUCGGUGAUUGGCGGACAUCCUUAUGUGUGUGGGUGGAGUUAUGCGCAAGAAGAGCAGAAUUACCCUCCCUUUUGAAAGCUGCAGAUGUUCUAGUCACAUUACCUCCUCGACAGAAGCGACAACCGGAUAAUAGGAUUGUUCUAGAAGAAUGCACUGCACCUUUAGGACCAUUUCUUAGGCGCAUGGCAAAAGUGACAGCUCCAAAUCCUAUUCUAAACAGUGAACCAACUACUGAAGCUAAUCUUACAGAAAAUUUCCUUAAAGAGCUAAACAUCCCUAGUGGUGAUGGAUUGAUGGGCGUUAGAAAGGCUGGAAUUGCCUUACUGUGUCAUCUAGACAGGCUAGGAGCACCACUGCUCCCUCCUUUGAAAGGAUUUGUUACUUGUACAGAAUCAGCUCAAGAAGUAGUGUCAGUUGGUGUGGGACCAUUACAUCUGGGGACGCUAAGGAUUCAACAAAUAGCGUGUGCUGAGAAACUGGCUUUGUUAUUGACACAUGAUGGCGCUGUGUACACUCUGCCUUAUGAUACUAUGACACCGCAGCUAGUUCCAGGUCUCGAAAGCAAAACAAUAACCCAAGUAUCGUGUCACCCCGCGGGUCGUCACUACCUGUGUUGUUCGUCCUGUGGCGGGGCUUGGUCGUGGGGCGCUGGUGAUGACGGGCGACUCGGUCACGGUGAUACAGCUCCACGGGAUGCGCCCUCGCAUCUACACCAUUUAGCCCAUCAUGAAGUUGUGAGGGUAGCUGCGGGGGCUGCUUGCAGUGCGGUGAUAACAUCUCGAGGAGCUCUAUACACGUGGGGCCGAGGCACGCAAGGACGCCUGGGUCAUGGCACUAUUGAGAACUGUCUGACGCCUCAACCUGUCUCCUUCAACGCUCACAAUAUUGAACGGGUCAUCGAUGUAGCUCUGGGUUGGGGUGAAGCUCAAACUCUUUGCUGUACAUGGGAGGGCGCGGUACAAGUAUUUGGUGAUACCGAGGCCGGAGUACCGCGUACUCUGACGUCACUGUCCGUGUUGAGAAUUACUCGAGUUUAUACUGGCGAGCACUGGCAUGCUGCUCUUACUGAUGCUGGCCAAGUAUACACUUGGGGUAAAGGAGAGAGCUACCGACUCGGACAUGGUAACCUCGAAAAUGUGAAGAUCCCAAAGUUGCUGGACGCUCUGCAAGGAGUAAGAGUAGUGGAUCUAUCUCUCGGAGCAACACACGGUAUUGCGUUGACGGCAGAGGGCGCUCUGUACGCUUGGGGUACGCACGAGCGAGCGCAAAUAACGCGACCUGUGCCACAGCUCUUGCAAGUACUCAACCCGUCGUUUAAAGCUAAUGGUGUAUCUAGUGGGCCUGCUCAAAUUUUAGUCUGGAGUGAGGAAAGUCCUAGAGAUCUGCCUUCCUCUAUGCCUUUUGUUAUUGAUUUAUCCGAUAGCACUUUCAAACUUUUGGAAAGAUUGUUGAGGAUAGUAGUCGAACAAAGCAGCUCAGCCACUAUAAAGGAGGUCGAAUGUAUGGCGAUCUCCUGCUUGAAUCUACUAAGACUUCAAGUGCAAGCGUGGCAAUGUUCACGCGGUCCCGAACCCGAGGAGUUAGAAGGGGAAGCUCGUUCGUGGUGUAAUGGUGUUCAUACGGCGUUGGUGGCGUUAGUGGAAGGACGUGCCGGGGCGGGAGCGGCGACGGCAGCGAGAAGGGCGUUGGCUGCGGCUUGGCCGUUGUUGUUGCCUACACCGCAAGUGCGGGCACAUCAUCUUAUUACGUUGUUGCCUCAAGGAUCAGUACCAGCUAGCGCCGGCGCACGAUUCAUGACGGAGCUACUAGUUUGGUCUCUACUCGGCGGUGGUGGACUACGCGACGCGCUACGUAACGCAUUGCAAGCUCAUUCUACGGACGCGUAUAAUCAUCUCUUACUAGACGCGGAUUACGACCAAAUCGAUAUAGUGACUGGACAACGAGGAACGCAGCCUGCAACAACGGGAGAUGACUCUGAUACUGUCACAGGCUGUACCGAAGAAUAUCAAAUAUGCAAUGCGGCAACUUCAGACAAAGGAGCUUCAGUGCCAUUAAUGCAUUUGGUAAAACAUCUUAUUCGCAACACCUCGUGUCAGACUCAGACACAUAUUAAUGCGAUAAUGUAUGGAGAUACAAGUAAGACUGAUGAUCCGAAAGGUCAUGACCCUGUUAGUCCUAGCUGUGAUCUACUUAUACGAUUCCAAAGGUUACUAUUCUGCGAAGCCAUGUGGUCUCGUGGUGGGCGCAGUACCAGAGGCGGCGUGCGAGCUCUAAUGACACAAUACAUAGAGUUGUUAGCGGAACACGUACAAACUACUCUGCGGUACUUCACGAGAGCCGUACAUAGAGCUGAUAGUGCGCAGCUCGUGGCGUUGUGUGAGCUUAUUGCUGCUGAUAUUGUUGGUCGUGUCGUAAGUGAACUAGGUGCAUGGGUAUGCUCCUGCGCAGCUCGCUCACCAGUCGCCCUAUCCGAUUCAGCAAGCUCUCUAGUCAAGAUUGCACGAGCUUGUGAUAAUGCGGCCAAGUCGUUACCAUCCGCUGCCAAGCUAGACGCAGACUUACUUGGCUGGCCCGGACUGGUGUCGAAGAAACAUCAGACAAAGAAUCACAUUAUUCGAAAAUGUGAUAUCUACAACCACACAAAAGAUGGCGGCUCCUGGGUUAUAAUAGCAGGCUACGUAUUCGAUGUAGAAAACUUCGAGUGCGAGAGCGCGAGCACGGUGGAGUUGAUACGAAAGCUUCGCGGUUCUGAUGCGACCGCCGCUAUGAGCGUCGAACCACAUGCGGCGUACCUUUCUAGGGUUACGGAGAAAUGUGUCGGCAUGUAUACCGAUCAGUUGUACACUUUUCCUUUUCAUGAUAGUGCAGCAAGUCUUCGUGCACAUCACAUACUAUCAACUUGCGCGUUCAACGUAGCUAUCGGUUUAACACAAUGCGGGUCUCGUUUAGCUCGCUCGCUGCCCGUACAACAGGCUGAAAGGGACGCUGCGCCUUAUGCCGCCGCUGUGUUCCUGAGAGGGGGACUACAGGUCCCCCAACUAACAAAUCCCUUCGACGAGGAGAAAGCAGAGGCUCGCAGUGGGUCCUCCACCGGUGGGAACAGUCCGGCCGGUGAAGCGCCGAUACCUACCCGCAUGUCCCGUCCCCCGCGCCCUCCGCCGAGGGUCAAUGUGGCACAGUCACCGGCUAGAGCUGAGGCUUUGUUACAUGCGUUAGCUGAACCGAAGUUGCAUGACCAAUUAGCACUACACUUAUGGUGGGCCUGCGAGAGACGCGAGGGCUGCGCUCCACACUUUCCCCCUGAACAUCCCUUGGAGGAACUAAGGCGAGCGUUAUUAGCAGCUUUACUAUACCACGCUGGGUUGAAAGAACAUGCGCUCGCUACUGCUAUGGCUGAAAUGGAGAAAGGUGAGGUAAAACUCUCGCCUGCAAUGUCUGAAAUCGUGAAGGCGGUUCAGCAAAGUAAAUGGACUUUAAUGAGGACCAGACAACAGCUGUCACGUGGUUAUAAAGAGGUUUGCGCAGCACCUUUAGAAAGAGCUCGGUUUCUUCUACAUGAAGUUCGUGCAGCCAUUUCUCCGGCCGUUUCGGCGUUGCACUUACGUCCGCCGUCCCAUCGAGCACCCACCGCCAAGAAGAUAUUCCAGAAAGUCAUGCGGGCUGCUAAGACGCCUGGAUUUAAUAAAUGUUUUGAAACCACAAAAGAUCUCAGGAACAGACAAAACAGCCUAAGUAAAAGCAUGUUCAAAGCCACAAGCAGUCUCCUACAAGGCGAUGCUCUCCUCAUUAAAUCGUCUAUCGCUCAAGCGUCCAAAACUCCAGAUGACGCUCCGAGCAUUAUCGUAGAACCUUCUAGAGGUCACAACGAAACACCCACUGCUCCAAAAGAACCAUUACUUAGAUCUAAAGUCACUCUCAAGGUCAAAGAUAAACCAUUAGAAAAAGAUUUGAAAAAUGCAUCGAACAAUGAUGACAUGACAAAAGAAGGCCGAGGCGAUAGAGACAAAGGCGACCGAGAAGAUGCUCUCGAUAAAGAAAACGACGAUAAAACGCCAACGAACGAAGUAUCGAUUAGUUCGAUUAACGAUAUUACCGAUAACUCGAUUUUAAAAGAAUCGAUGGAAAGCGAGAAGCAGGUAAUGAUGCUGGCUGAUGAUUUGAAGACGGAUUUGAUUUUGGCUGACGAAGAAAAGGAUGAUGAUAAUUCUGAGAGGAAUAAGUUUGUUAAUACGUGGGUUUCGAGACUUGCGUGUGAGGAGAAAGAUUUGUACUGGUUGUUAGAGGAAGUGAGUCAAGAGCAACAAGCUCUGACUGUAGCCGUUAUUGACUUUGUCAUGACUGAAGAACCCUGUGAUAUAGACAUACUUAGGAGAGCUUUGUACUGCCAGGUACAAAGAGCAGAAAUAAGAAAGAACGGUUACAGUAUGAUUAACAGUAUUCUCAAUUCGUCACAGACGAUGUCUGAAAGUAUUAAAUAUGCUGCUCUUAGCGGCUUAUUGGGCGCUUGUAUGGCCGAAGCAAUUCCCUAUGUACCAUUAAAACCUACUAUUCCUUUAACCCAUCCAUUGAUCGGUAUAGAAUCUGUGAUACCUUACUCUAAGUAUAUGGUGCUGUUAGAACGAUCAAGGUUGAUGGAUUUCAUACUGAUAGAGCUAAAAGCGAGGGUUUUGGAAGGCGAACAGACUCAACCGUUGCCUUUGAAAAUGAGUGCGAAUUAUGGUGCUCAUGCGCUGUUGAAUCGGCCUUCGAGAGCUAGGUUCCUAAUAACGUUACUAUCACUCCUCAUAGAGGGUUGUCAAGGUCCAGAGCUAGAACAACUGAUCAAUGGUGGCGCUCUAAGCACGUGCUUGACGUUACUCAAACAAAUCGGAGGCGACACAUCUCAGCUUACAUCUCUAAUAUGUAAUGGAUUGAAGUCGAAAUCGGAUUGUUUAAUAAUAUACGAAGAUGAGAGAUUAGGCGCUCGAGCGCGUGGUGCUUCGUUGUCUGGCCCUGAACUGGCUUCGCUUAUGAAGAUCGGUACUCGGGUUGUUAGGGGAAAGGAUUGGAAGUGGGGUGAUCAGGACGGUGUCCCCGGCGGUGAAGGUCGUGUCAUAGGUGAACUGGGUGAAGAUGGAUGGGUGCGCGUCGCAUGGGACGCGGGCGGUACGAACUCUUACCGCAUGGGGAAGGAAGGGAAAUAUGAUCUCAAGUUAGCACGGUCGCCAUCACCACCGCCCUCGGUUGAUGAGACUGUGCAGGGGACUGCUGCAGUAGUAGAUACCAGCGUAGAAUGGUGGCCGGUAAGCGAAGUGCGAGCAGCCUGCACGGGGGCUAUCCGAGCCCUCUGCGCAGGCGCGGGCGGCGCUCUCGCUUGCGUCGGUACCAUCGCUCGACGUAACGUCGCCGCGUUACAACGAAGACUGUUGACGUUAGCUCAUGCGCAUUCUACGCCGCCUCCGACUGCGUUUGCUACGCAUUAUCAUACGGCUCUGGCUUUGUUAAGAGCAAGUGCACAAAGCCUAGAGAUGCGUAUAUCUCUAUGCACCGACUCGUGGUUCGAGCUCUGUUACAGUAUUAUAUCCGCUGCGGAUAAACCUAUCACACAGGAUCUCAUUUAUUUACAAAUUCAAUCUCUAUGGCUUCUACGCCGCAUACUAGUAGAACAUAACGGACCUCCUGAAUGGAGACGAACGGUCGGUGCUCAGUUGUUAGCGCUGAUUGGUCGGCUGUGGCUUGAAACUCAUUCGUGGGACCCGGCCUUGAAGCCGAACCACCAGGCUAUUGGUAGCAAUACUGAUGAAGAGGAAGUUGACAACAGAUGGCGUGCACCAGCCACCGCUAGUUACACAGGAUCGACGUGCGCGGCGCUAGUGCAGUUAGUGAGACAACUGCAUUCAGCUGCGCAAUGGCACACACCUAUUACGACUUUGUUGUUAGACAAACUACAGUUAGCGGCGCAGACGGUAACGAGUGACUGGCAUUGGUGGCCACACACUAGUCAAGACUUAACACAACUGAUCAAACCUACACCACCCAGUCUGGAAAAUUGUCUCAUUGCGGGUGCUCUCGGCGUGGUUGGGGGCGUCGAAUGGCGUAUAAGAUUGGGUCAGAAAGUGACCGCUGGAUCUCCGCCUCGGAAUGCGAUUGUUACACAACUGUCGCCUAGAGCUAAGAUCACUUUAGUGCAUGAUGAUAACACUACUACAAAGACUGAACUAAUAGGCAUACAGAGCGCGGAAAGUGAUCGCCUCUCCCUACCGCUAGGUGGCGGUGAGAGCGCUUUGCGCGUCUGCGCAGCGUUGUUAGGCGCUGGCCCACAAGCGUCGCCUAUGCAUCCGCAUCACUUACCUGCUGACAUCGACGUAUACGGAUUACGAAAGCAACAAAUGGAACUAUUGACCCUUUGUGCUGUAAGAGGUCUAUUGACUACAAGGACUAGAUUGCGGAAGGUUUUGAUGCAACCACCAGAUCAUGCGGGUAACAUAGACAGAGGAAAUACCUUAGGAACAGAAGGAACUUUACUAAGGAGGUUACUAGCGCUAGCAACUCGCCCAAGUCCACUGGCCGCGUCCCAUACACCGCGAGAACUUGAAGCGGCUGCUCUUACCGUAGUACAGCAAUUGGCUGCCCAUGUGAAUGUAGAAGAUAAAGACCAUGAGACGCCGCCCGAAAUGCCGAUCAUAGAUAAAAGUAAUGUUAUGCAGAUGUCUAUGGGCCCGUCGACUAGUACGGCUUCUUUAUCAAGGAAAGAUCUCAACACUUGGGCAAAUUCUUCACAAGUACAGCAAGUUAUUGAAAUGGGCUUCUCUAGACACGCUGUCUACGGUGCUAUUCAGGCUCUAGGUGGAACAACGCUACCCUCAGUAGAAGCGUUAGUAGUAUACCUAUUAGAACUGCCUCAACACGGGAUGGAUGAUUCAGUCUUCGAAGUGAGGCCUCAAAGUGCAAAACCUGAGAAGAAACAAACGCCCUACAGAUGGCGCAGUUGUUUCAAGUCUGAGGAAGAGUAUGCGCAGUAUUUGUCUGACGUCAUCACUCCUGGAAUGACAGUACGAUGCUGUAAGGCAGUCGAACCGAUCGGCUUAGGUGACGUGGGACAGGUACAAAAAGUUGAACGAGAUAUAAAACAAAAUGUCUUCCUGCAUGUUGAAUGGCGCAGCCUAGGCCGCGUGUUCGGCGUACGCGCAGUGAAUGCCGAAGUGGUGUCGGGCUUGCCGCCAUUUGCGGUGGGAGAUCGAGUGCGAGUUCGCGCCGCUGUCACGCAGCCGCGGUACAAGUGGGGGUGUAUCGAUCAUUCUAGCGUCGGAACUGUUACUUCUAUAUCAAGCACUGGGCGGGAUUUGACAGCUGAUUUUCCUCAACAACCUGGAUGGACUGGACAAGUUUGCGAGAUGGAACUUGUUACUGAUCAAUCGGAAUGGGGUGAAAGUGCGGGUGGAACGGCAGUGGGUUGGCGCGGCGCUGUGCGAGCGGUCCGCGUCUCGUCAUGUCGACCAGGGGCCGGCGCUAGAAGACUGUUGGAUUCACAGCCUGGGACGUAUUGGCAGAGUUCUAGUGGGAAUGGCCAGCAUUGGAUCCGCGUAGAAAUGCGCAGCGGCGUUCGCAUCCGUCGUCUCGGGCUAGGCGUCAGCAACGGCACCCACUGUCCCGCGGCCCUCGCGGUGCGGGCCGGGGCUACGUUCGACGACGCCGCGCUGGCACCCCUAGCUGCCGUGCCCUGCGCCCCCGCACCUCCGCCUAGAGAUAGGACGCCUGUACAUCUCACGCAGAUACAGCUGCUGGCUGAUUGUAAACAGUAUUAUGCCUGCAUAGAAAUAGCAGUAAAGCAAAGUCGCAACGUAAACGCUGAUUGUCGCGUCCAUGGACUCUAUAUCACAGGUUUCAGACCAAACCCACUGUACACUGAAGUCUUACAGAGCAUGAAUUUCGUAGCUGAGGAUUGGAUGGAGAAAGAUAAUAAUCCUACGGGGGCUGUGUCUGCCGAUAAUAACCCACCUUCUUUGCCGGUUGAUUGUCCUAAAGUAUAUGUAUGGGGCUUGAACGACAAAGACCAGUUAGGUGGCGUUAAGGGCUCUAAGGUGAAAGUGCCGGUGUUCUCGCCGAGCCUUAGUGCGUACCGUCCUGUUCACAUCGCGGGCGGAUCCAAGACGUUGUUUAUUGUGUCACACGAUGGGAAGCUCUACACUUGUGGCGAAGGUACAAACGGGCGUCUCGGCCUAGGCCACAGUAACAACGUGUCGAGUCCGCGCGCCAAUCCUUAUCUAUCUCACGUGCUGGUCCGACGCGUCGCCGUACAUUCCGGAGGGAAACAUGCGCUUGCGCUUACUGCUGAUGGAAAGGUUUAUUCCUGGGGUGAAGGCGAAGACGGCAAGUUAGGUCACGGUAACCGCAUCACACUCGAAGUCCCGCGUCUCAUAGAGACGUUAGCCGGGGAACGAGUGGUCGGUAUAGCUUGUGGGUCGGCCCAUAGUGCGUGUGUGACCGCCAGAGGGCAUUUGUAUACGUGGGGCAUGGGCGAGUACGGCAGGCUUGGACAUGGAGAUGAUACUACACAGCUGUAUCCUAAAAUGGUGGAAGCCCUUUCAAACUUCCGUGUGGUACAAGUUGCGUGUGGUUCACGCGACGCUCAAACUUUGGCUUUGACCGCGUGUGGCAAAGUGUUUUCUUGGGGUGAUGGCGAUUUUGGCAAAUUGGGGCGUGGGGGCUCCGAUGGAUGCGCAGUGCCAAUGAAUAUCGAAAGAUUGAAUACUCUUGGAGUCAUUCAAGUUGAAUGCGGUGCUCAAUUUAGCCUAGCUUUGACUAGAGAUGGAGAGGUCUGGACGUGGGGCAAAGGUGACUACUUCAGAUUAGGGCACGGGUGUGAUGCUCAUGUUCGGCGACCGACGAUUGUGGAAGCGUUGCGAGGUCGUCGAGUUAUACAUGUGGCUGUUGGCGCUUUACAUUGUCUGGCUGUAACUAGUGAACAUCAGGUAUGGGCAUGGGGUGACAAUGACCACGGGCAACAAGGUAACGGCACCACCUGCGUCAACCGUCGCCCCGCUCUCGUAGCCGGGGUCGAAGGCGUACAAAGAGCAGCCGCCGGCUCUUCACAUUCAGCCGCCUGGUCGUUAAGACCGGCUGCUUUGCAGACCGAUGCUCAAGCACCCCAUAUAGCACCUUUACCGUUCCCUACGUUGAAAGACCCGUUGGGUGCACAAAGUCUUGGACUUUACUCCGAAGAAGCGGUAGUGGAUGAGCCACAAGGAUCACGAGGGUCAUUGGCCGCUGCGGCGUUGGCUUUAGAACCGCCUGUAGCCGCGCAACAUGCACUCUCGUUGAUUCUACUCGCUUUACAUAUAACACAGGCCCGCAACUUAUUAGUAGAAGCCCUACGCGCUCACGAGGCCUGUUCGGCCGCCGUUCCCGUAGUGACGAACAUCGAUACUGAGGACGAAGACACGGAGGCCGACGCCCGUACUGGAGGGGGCGAAGCCCCUGCUGACAGGGCUACAUUACCGAGUGGAGCCAGCAGUCCUCUAAGUGGUUCGAUAUCGUCUCGACAUUCGGCUGUCAUGUCAUCGAGUGCUGUGUCCGUGGCUGCAGCUACAAUGACAGUGCAGCAAGCUGAAGCUCCUAAGUUGGUACUGGACGAAUUUACGUCACAACUCGGCGAGUCAGACGCGAGAGCGUUGGUUGAUUUACUGAAGUUAGCUGCGGCCGGCAGAAUACCAGACUCGAAUAAUGCGGUUAAAAUCAUCACUGAUGUACUCAUGGCGCUCUGCGCCAGUAAGCCAUCCGUAGCCGACAUGGUAGUAGAGGUAUGCGUGUGUGAACUAGAAGAGGCGGCGGCGGGAGGCGGGCGGGCGCCUCCACAGCCCGUCACUGUCGACAGUCCGCAUCCGUAUGCUGAUGACGCUGAUAUAUCAGGUGUAGUAAAAAUUCCCGGCGCAUCGUCUCUCCGAGUAGUAUUCGAACAAGGAUGUUCCACUGAACGUCGGAAUGAUCCGUUAACAAUAUCGGACAGUACGGGUCGGGUGUUAGCUACGCGGUCCGGACGAGAACCCACUGACUGGGCUCAAGAGAUUAUUGUGAAUGGUGACGAAUUACGUUGGAGAUUCACAAGCGAUGGUUCCGUCAAUGGCUGGGGUUGGAGGUUCACUGCUCAUCCAAUGCUGCCUUCACAUUCUAUUACUGACAGCGGAUCAGAUCGCUACGUACUAUCGUGUCCGUCAGUGGAGUUGGCGUGGCGUUUACUCGACGGUCCACUGUUAGCGGCGAUAUCAAACGAUCACCAGUUGGCGCCGCGUCUAGCUCAAGCGCUAGCUAUAUGUGCGCAAAUGCCUACGUUAUCUUGGCGAGCUCGUGUAUGGUGUGUCCGUCGUCUCCGCGGCGUGGUGUGCGGCGGCAGCGGCUGCGGCGCGGCGUGCGAGAGCAGCGCGUCGCCGCCCGCGCUGCACCACCUGCCGCAGCUGCUGCACGCGCAGUACGACCACGAGGAGCCGGCGCUGCGGACCGGCACUCACUUACUGCACACUCACUACCUGAAGGAACUAGCGUGGCUCGCAUGCGGUCUCCGCAUGGACUCCCGCGUCUGCAGUGGCCCCGACUCCGCCCGGUGGGCGUGGUUUAAGAAGUACUGCCUCUGCGUCCGCACGGCUGACGCGCUCAUACGUCGCACUCCCUUACCCACGCCGUUCCUAGCGGAUGUGCGAAAGAGACUGGCAGAUCUCGGAGUGUACAACACUGAUGAAGCGACCAGUGACCCGCAUUAUGCGUGGGAGGAUAAUACGAAGUUCACUAAGCAACAUGAUGAACAACUUCUGCAUUGGGUUAACAAACGUCCAGAAGACUGGUGCGGCUGGUGGGGCGGGGGUUCCCGCGGCUGUGCAGUAUAUGGCUGGGGACACAACCAUCGCGGCCAACUAGGCGGGGUUGAAGGGGCCAAAGUGCGAACACCUACGCCUUGCUCAGCACUGGCCGCUUUGAACCCCGUGCAGUUAGUAGGAGGAGAACAGACCCUGUUUGCUGUUACGCCUGAUGGAAAGGUCUAUGCUACUGGGUAUGGUGCUGGUGGAAGAUUGGGAAUAGGCGGCAUCGAUUCCGUGUCACAACCAACACUGUUGGCUUCGAUACAGCACGUUUUCAUAACAAAGGUUGCUUGCAAUUCGGGAGGUAAACAUUGUCUAGCGCUUUCGGCUGAUGGUGAUGUUUACAGCUGGGGUGAGGGUGAAGACGGCAAACUGGGACACGGAAAUAGAGUGAGCUACGACCGACCAAAGUUAAUAACAGCUCUAUCAGGGCUUGAAGUGGUAGCCAUUGCUUGCGGUGGCGCGCAUUCCGCGUGUUUGACCGCUAGAGGUCGCAUAUACACGUGGGGGAAGGGACGGUAUGGCAGGUUGGGACAUGGUGACUCGGAAGACCAGCUUGUGCCUAAAUUGGUGGACGCGUUAUCAUCAUACCGCGUGGUAGAUGUGGCUUGCGGCUCCGGGGAUGCACAAACGCUUUGCAUUACCGACGACGACAAUGUCUGGUCGUGGGGAGACGGUGACUAUGGGAAACUAGGUCGUGGCGGUUCAGAAGGCUGUAAGCUUCCGAUGCGCAUUGACUGCUUGAAAGGACUUCGAGUCGUUAAAGUUGAAUGUGGAUCUCAAUUCUCAGUUGCGUUAUGUCAAUGUGGAAGUGUUUAUACAUGGGGUAAGGGUGAUUACCAUCGGCUAGGUCACGGCAGUUAUGAACAUGUGCGGAGACCGAUGCGGGUGACGGGCAUGCAAGGGAAGACUAUUGUGUCUAUCGCUACAGGGAGUCUCCACUGCGUCGCAUGUACGGACAACGGCGAGGUGUACACAUGGGGUGACAAUGACGAAGGACAGCUGGGUGACGGGACUACACUCGCUGCUCAAAGGCCCAGGCUAUUGAUGGCUCUACAGGGCAAACGUGUAACAAAAGUGGCUUGCGGCAGUGCUCACACAGUGGCUCUAUGUGUAGAAGCACCCCGCGCCCCCCGCGCCCCUCCGGCGCCGCCGCUCGAGUGCCAUCUGUUGAGAGAUCUAGCGCCGCAACUUAUUUGUAAUAGACUGGUACUUCUCCACCAAUUCUCUGAUCUGGUGUGUCCAAAUCUGCCGCUGUUAAUUCUAGACGGUCCCUUCGAUCAGUUAAGGACUCUACUGUUCUAUAGCGUUAAGGAAGCAGCAUUCAGAAAGGCAAUAAUGGCAACAAUGGUACGCGAACGCCAACACGGCCCCGUAGUAGAACUAUCCCGCGUCGCCGCCCGUCGAGCCCGACGGGGUGGUUCAGGUCUAGCGGGGCCGGCGGGCAUGCGCUCGGUGUUCGGGCAGAUGGUGGCUCGCCUGCCCGCGCUCACGCAGGACGCACUCGCGCUGCCCCACCGCGUGUGGAAGGUCAAGUUUGUUGGUGAGAGCGUGGACGAUUGCGGCGGCGGCUACAGCGAGAGCAUAGCUGAGAUGUGCGAGGAGCUACAGAACGGCUCGCUGCCGCUGCUGAUGGCCACGCCGAAUGGUCGUGGCGACGCCGGCGCAUCGAGGGACGCGUUCCUACUCAACCCUACUGCUAAUACUCCGCUUCAUCUUAAUUGUUUCCGAUUUCUGGGUGUACUAAUGGGCAUCGCAAUCCGCACCGGGUCACCUCUGUCCCUCUCCCUGGCUGAAGGUGUAUGGCGUCAGUUGGCAGGACAGCCUCUACGGCCGCAAGAUCUGGCCGAAGUAGACAAAGACUUCUUACCCGCUCUGCUUUGUAUUAGAGAUAUGACGCCGCAUAAUAAGGAACUACAAAACCUGGAGCUUCCAUUCUCAAUACCAUCGGCUGCUGGGCACGAAGUACCUCUCUCUACAAGGCAUAAGAGGGUUACUCCUGACAAUAAAGACGAAUAUGUGCAGUUGGCUCUGCACUACAGAUUACACGAAUUCGACGAGCAAGUCCGCGCGGUUCGUGACGGCAUGUCCCGCGUAGUCCCGGCGCCGCUACUCGCGUUGUUCACCGCGGCUGACUUAGAGACUCUCGUGUGCGGUUCGCCUGAUAUCCCCGUACACUCGCUCAGGGCUUCUGCUACUUAUAAAGGAAUCGAGCCAAACGCUCCUCUAGUACAAUGGUUCUGGGAGGUCAUGGAGGAGUUGUCCGGUAGUGAGAGGGCGUUGUUCCUUCGCUUCGUUUGGGGAAGAACAAGAUUGCCGAGAGCCCCACAAGACCCGAGGCAGAGAGACUUUGUGCUACAGGUGUUAGACAAGUACCAGCCACCAGACCACUUCUUGCCAGAGAGUUACACAUGUUUCUUCCUUCUCAAGAUGCCAAGAUAUUCCUGCAAGUCUGUGCUACGGGAGAAACUCAGAUACGCUAUUCACUUUUGUAAGAGCAUAGACACGGACGAAUACGCCCGCGUGGCACUCAGCGCAGCCGAACGAGUUUCAUCCGAAGAAUCUGAUUCGGAAGCGGACGCGGCCCCCCCACCCGUCACCGUCCCCCCACCGCUGUAUUCGUUCAGCCGGGCCCCCACGUGGCUCUGAGACCGCGCCGGUCCCUGGACCAUACACGAGGACCUCGCGAUACUCGCCGCACGACAAGCUUAACGGAACCAAGUGAUGACGUCAUCCGGUACCGCUAGAAACAAAAGACAGUUACACCGUGUUCUACUUGAUAACAAGUGACGGUUCGCGGUGGUGAAAUAAUUUCGGAAGUUGUGUCGAUAAAUCAACAACACAUAAAAUACACUAAGCUCUGUAUCUUACUCUUGUUUUAACUUAUCCAGUUUUGUAAAUUGGAUCAAAUGAAAAUUUCAUUCCACUCAAUUUCUAAUUGUUUUAAAGUUGUCUAUAAGUACGGACAGAAAUCACUAAUAUCUCAACACUAUUUUACACCAUGCACUUGCAUCAAUUCAUCCUAGUCAAGUCGCAAAUAUUUAUAAGUAGAAGGAUGUAUGCUUCAUUAAUAUUUUUCCAUGUGGAAACAUUUAUGAAGAUAUCGGGCAGUUGCAACAUACGUCAUAUUGAUAUUAGCAAUGUCCUCACUAUAUGAUACUCUUAUAAAUUACUCGUUGUAACGAUAUUUAACUGUAGUAACAUUUUAUACUCUGUUCGAUGAUAGGUAAGACUUCCUUAUAUUGUGCACGCAAUAUAAGUUAACGUUACUUGUAAAGCAACUUGGAUUUUUCAAUUACAGCAUUCCAUCCAUAGCUUAGGGACCGGCGCAAACGCUCCAACAAUUUACAUGAUUUGUGUGGACGUGUGUAUAAAUAAAAUUGUUUACAACGAUAGGCAACACUGCCACAUUCCAUUUUGUCGUAUUGUAUCGUAUCGCUUUGAUAAAGCUUACUCGUCUACUACAUAAGUUUGUCGCUAAAGUCAGUCUUUUUUAUUAACCUCUCGUCACAAAUACAUUUUAUUAUUAUACAGUAUGUUGCAUAAAUUAUUUUCAGUAUUUUUAGCAAUAAUAACACAGUAGUGCUGGCAUAGCUAAAAGGGACUGAUUUUGGUGGCAUUAAAAUAUUUUUAAGGAACGAUAAAGCCCCAAAGAAUGGCGUUAAGAUGGGAAGGAAAGAUUAGGUCACGUAAACAAAUACAUGUUCCAAAAUAUUCUUGUUCCUAAUUUCCAUACCCAUGUUCCUUACUUAUAUUGUGCUAAAGGAGAAUGUGAUUCUGAAGUUUGAACUCGUUUACUGAAUUCCCGAAUAAAUCAAGAGUUAAUCUGAGCAAAUUGAAGAUUGACGUCAAAUAUUUAACAUCGAAAUAUUAAUACUGUCUACUAUUAUAUGAGGUAAUAUUUAUGUACUAAACUUCAGUACGCAAUGUAUGAACCAAUUAAACUGACUGAUUGAAGCAUGGAA